CACUGACAGUUGAAGAAAUUAUAUUUUUGCGAGUAAGAAAACUUUUAGGCUUAAUAAUAUAUUUGUUUGUGUUUUAUAAAAUGCCGUUAAAGCUAACGCAUUUGCAACGCUGCAUCAUCUCGACGGUAUUUUAUGUUGUGUGCUUCGUGGAUUCUAGAAAUUGUAGCUUGUGCUCUCAUAUACGACAUGACCGACUCCGACUGCAUAGGAGCGCGUGAGAUCUCUACAUACAUGUGGUGGUCCGGUAUUUUAGUCUUUAUUCCCAUUAUACCGGAUAUAUUGUACUGCCUCAUGGGCAUACUAAUAUCAGAGCCCUUCUAUGCAGCACUGGGCGGUUGCUAUAACAUUGUGACGGGCUGUCUUUUCUUACUGGCCUGUUUGUUUGCCUUUCUCUCGGUUACGGGAUGUGGAAAUCCGAUACAGUCGACAGUAUUAGCUGUCGGUAUAAUUGAGCUUAUUGCUGGUUUAGUACAUCUGGUAUUCAUAUGGUUUAUCAAUGCAAAUCUCGAUGAAGGCGAAGUUUUAUUUAGUAAAAAUUUGUAAAGAAAAUAUUGGAGACUAAUGUUUAUAAAAUAUGGGAGCAUUUCAUAUUAUACUAUGUGGAAAAAUCGGGAAGAAUAUUGCCUUUAAUUAAUUAGUGUUCCUAGUGUAGUCUAUAUAUAUUGAAGUGAUUUAGACCGUAACACAGAGGUGAUCGUGACUCAGUCUCUACUUAGUUGUAUUAAAGGGUCUUCAAAAGAACAUCAGUUUCAUUCAGUUUAGGCUGAAACCAAUAAGUUCAAAGUAUUUUGUAGCACUUGCCCUCAGCAAAUCGGUUGCCUUUGUACAUUGUGAUUUAUCCAAAAAUUAGUUUUAUUUUUCCGCGAACUGAUCGCGCAAAGUAAAAACGUUCUUUUUGAACGCACUGUAUAUUGUACGCUAAAGUGCUCAUGUAAAUCUGCUCAUGCAAUGAAUCCAGAAAUAUUGGAGAUAACGCUGUCGAUUCCUCUGAAAAGCUUUUCAUAUAAAUCAUAUAGCUUCGCCCAGAACAUAACUGAAUGCAAUUUCUACCGGGUAUUAUGUUUUUAUGCUUAUAAAACGAUUCAAGCAUGUAUCACGGUUUGACAUACAUAUGUAAAAUUAAGAGAAUGCCUAGAAGUAUAGAAAUGUCAAAGCGGCUAAAAAAGUCGAAAAGUAAUUCUUUUAAACAAUUCAUAAUCGUCCUUUGAGUUUUUUUUACAUUUCAUCGGCAUUUGCAAAAGAUAACUGUAACUUAUAAUGAAAACAACAAGGAUCGAUCAGAAUAGAAAGAAACGCAAGAAGUGUAAAUUUUUCUUUCUACUAAAUGUUAUCUUGGAAGGAUUAGCGAUUGGCUUAGUUUUAUAUUGUACAUUCACUGCUAGUUGUGUGCUUGGCAAUGAAGUUAGUGGACCCGUUUACAUAUUCUUGCUAUUCAUUUUUCCCGCUUUCAUACCGGAUUUGUACUAUUACCUACUUACGCCUAGACUGCAUACGUUGGGCAUUGAUCCGCUGGGUGUUAUGUUCAACUUUAUAAUAGGUGUCCUGUGCAUUUUGACUGGCUCAAGUCUUAUAAUGGUAAUUAUAUCUUUUUGUGGGUUUUAUGCACAAUUCCUUUUGGUGAUUGCUGGUGCCUUAAGCGUUUGUUCGGGCGUAUUUCAUUUGAUGAAUGCUUGUAUGUGUCACAAGGCGAUACCCAGGUCGGAGAGAUAUUAUAAACCUCGUCGUUCUAAACCCACGAAAGCAUCGAAGGAUAAGAAAAAACAAGCGAAACCAGCUAAAAAGGGCAAAGCGGAAAAGAAGCCCGAAAAGAAGGCUGAAAAGAAGGCUGAAAAGAAGGCUGAAAAGAAGACUGAAAAGAAACCUGUGAAGAAGGCCGAAAAGAAAUCGGAAAAGAAACCUGAUAAGAAGUCGGAAAAGAAGUCAGAAAAGAAACUUAAAUCAAAGGCCGCAGAAAAAUGCUAAGCAAAGGAGGGGAAAAUGUAAAUUAGUGCUUAGAAAGAAUUUUAGUUUGUUUAGUUAAUAAACAUAUAUUUUAAAUUUAAAAUGAUCAGAUUAAGUGAGAAUUGGCUUUGAGCCUCUAUAAUUCGACGAAAGUUAUAUACAAUAUGAUGCAUCUGUAUGUUCUUAUAUAAUAAUAUUAUAUCUUUUAUAGAUUUUUAGCUCUGAGGUGAAUUAUUUCUUGCCAGAAAUAUAUUCAGAGCUUUUAGAGUGCCACUUGAAAGACAAACUUA